AUGCCCUCCAUCGACAUGCGUCAAAAGCACACCGGCAACCGGACCACUGUCCUUGGUGUCCUGCUCGGGGUUGUCUUCCUCUACUUUCUCUACAGCAUCCGCACCGCACCCGCCGAACCGUCAAAUAUCGAUCGGCGCCUCCAAAGCGCAGUGGUUGCAGAGAACCCUCUCUCACCACCCACCUCAGGCUUCCGCAAGCAACCCAAAGCCCAGGGUCCAGACGAUGUCCUUCCCCCCCCUCCUGUCGUCCACUAUCAACUCAACAACCUGACUGCGUCGGCCUUUCCAGCUCAGAAUGGCGAGAAAGUCCUCAUCCUCACCCCUCUAGCACGCUUUUACCCAGAAUACUGGAGCAACCUCCUGCACCUGAGUUAUCCUCACCAGCACAUCAGUCUAGGCUUCAUCACGCCCAAGACAAAAGAAGGAAAUGCCGCUACUGCGGCUCUGCAGGAGGCCAUUGGAAAAACUCAGUCCGGUCCGGAAGGACAACGCUUCCAGUCUGUGACUAUCUUGCGGCAAGAUUUCGACCCGCCCAUCGUGUCUCAAGAUGAAAAGGAGCGCCACAAGAUGGACAAUCAGAAAGAACGUCGUGCAUCCAUGGCUCGCGCUCGCAACAGUCUUCUCUUUACCACAAUUGGUCCACAUACAUCCUGGGUCUUGUGGCUCGAUGCAGACAUUAUCGAGACACCACCUACAUUGAUCCAAGACCUGGCCCGCCAUGACAAGGCGAUCAUUGUUCCCAACUGCUACCAACGAUACACCAAUGAGAAAGGAGAAACAGAUGUGCGACCCUAUGACUACAACUCCUGGCGAGAUAGCGAUAUAGCUCAAGAUUUGGCUUCACAAAUGGGACCCGACGAGAUCCUCCUCGAGGGCUAUGCCGAGAUGCCUACAUAUCGCACUCUCAUGGCGUUGUCGGCCAGGACUGGCAAGGACCGUGAUGAACGUCGACUGAUGCCCUUGGACGGUGUGGGUGGAACAGCGCUGUUGGUGAAAGCAGAAGUGCACCGAGACGGUGCCAUGUUCCCUCCAUUUCCCUUUUAUCAUCUUAUUGAGACGGAAGGGUUUGCGAAGAUGGCCAAACGACUUCACUUCGAUUCUUUCGGCCUGCCUGACUAUUUUGUAAGCCCACCUCGUGCGGGAGUGUCGUCUGUUGCUAUGCACAGAUCUGCUAACGUUUUUGGCCAGGUGUACCACUACAACGAGUAA